AUGAAAACUUGUAAAAGUACUCAAAAACAACAACAACAACAACAAUUAAAUUUAUUUGAUCCGGUGUUAAAUUCAGAUAUUUAUGUUGGACAAAUUAGUGAAAAUGACAAUGUUGUUACACUAAAACCAAAAUUAUUAGCAAAAGAUAGUGAUAGACGAAAUUCCAUGAAUAGUCAAAUAUGUGGCUAUGAAUUAUCUACACAUAAUCAUAAUGAUUCGGAUAUUGAUCAAACAAACAUUCCAUUUCAAAUUGAGCUAAUUAAGCCGUCAGGUGAAGGAUAUAUUACACUUAAAAAUUUAUUCAAAAUUGAUUGUGAAAUCAAACAACAGUAUAAAUUAUUUGUUAGAGCAUAUGAUUGUGGUGUACAACUUAGACGUUAUUCAAAAAGAGUACCAAUUGUCAUCAAUGUUGAUGAUGUCAAUGAAUAUUUGCCGACAUUUACACGCGAUAGUUAUCAGUUUAAAUUAAAUGAAGGUGAAACAUGUAUUGGUGAUUUAUGCAAGGUUGAAGCAACAGACGACGAUUGUUCAAGUCAAUCUAAAGUAUGUGGUUAUAAAAUCGUCACACAAAAUGUUCCAUUUUCAAUUAAUCAAAAUGGAUAUAUAAGUAUAACGAAACAAUUAACAUCUGGUGAUUAUCAAUUUGAAGUAAUUGCUUUCGAUUGUUUGGAUAAUAACAAACGAAGUGAACCGCCUGUUAAAGUUAAUAUUAAAAUAGUUAAGUCAUGUAUACCAACAUUAAGUGAUGAAUCGAUUGAUCCACAUAUUGUUAAAUCUGAUCAUGAUCAUGUACUUGAAAAUGUUCAUAUUGACGUAUGUCCUGAUACAUGUUUAGCUGUCGAAGAUUUGGUUAGUAAUCUUGAAUUAGAUUUGAAGGGAUCUGAAUCGGGAUGUAAAAUGGAUCAAUGUACAUCAUCAACAAAAGAAAUUGAACUAAUUAAAAAAGAUACUGAUUAUUCACAUGCACCUGUGGGACGUUCGAUGAAAUUUGACGGUUAUACUCAAGCAAUUCCAGUUGAAAAAAUUAAAUUUGAUGGAGAAUUUGGUCAAAAUUUUACAAUUAAAAUGUGGAUGAAACAUCGUAAACCAUUAGACGGUGGUGGUCAUAAAGAACAUGUGUUUUGUAAAAGUGAUAGCAAAGAACAAAAUCGACAUCAUACAGGAUUAUUAAUACAAAAUGAUCAUUUAAAACUAUUAAUUCGUAAAGAAUCAUCAGUCAAUGACAUGAAUGUUUAUCCAUCUGAAUGGAUUUGGACAUUAUCUCAGAUAAAUGAUGAUCAAUGGCAUUUUUAUGAAUUAAUUGUUCAUUAUCCAACAUUGAUUGAACUAUAUGUUGAUAAACAAUUAUUUGUUAAUAAAGAAAAUUUUAGAAUUGUUAAUGAUCAUCCUUUAAAAACUAUAGAUGAUCCUGAUCCAACAGCUUUUACUAUUGGUGCAUGUUGGCAUCCUCGAGCAUCACGUAUGGUAGACCAUUUUAGUGGACAAUUAUCGGGUCUUGUUAUUGAACAAAAAGAGGAAGAACAACGUGCAAGUGGAUGUGUUCGAGAAUGUGAUCAACAUAUUGAAAUAGCCGAUAUCAAGUCAAAAAUAGGAACUAUUGAAUUUAUUAGUAAUGAAAAUCAAUCUGUUUGGAUAUUACGUACAGAUUCAGCAGAAUCACUUGAAAAUUUAUUAAAACAUGUUGUCUAUCGUAAUUAUCCUAUACCAAUGAUAGCCGGUGAACGUCAAAUAAUAGUGAAAACAAGUUUAAAAUGUCUUGGUGAUAAUCAUACAACAGAAUUGAAACCAUUUGUUAAACAUUUAAGAAUUGAAUCAAAACCAACAAAAGUUGAAUUAAAAGGAAAUGUAAAUUAUUAUAUUGAUGAAAAAACAAUUAAUAAUGGAUUAUAUAUAUUUCAAAAUUUAUCCAUAUUUACAGAUGUCAUUAAGCAUAUACAAGCUGAUAUUCAAGAAUGUAGUAUAAGUACACAACCUGAACUUUUAUAUGAUUUUGAACAAUUUGUUAUACCAACUGAAUAUAUAAAAUCAAAAAAAUUAAACAUAGUAUUAACACGAAACGGCAUGAUUUUAUCCGGACCAAGUUCGAUUGAUACAUAUCAAUAUAUAUUACGACAAAUUGAAUAUGUUGCAAGAUCACCAUUAAAAUAUAAUGAUCGUCUAUUUUCAUUGAUGUGUGUCGGCGUAAAUGGACAAAUGCCAACAAACGAAGUUCGAGUUCGAGUUCACGUUAAACUAAAUGCAGUAGUACAAUCACGUGAAUUUCCACAGGUAUAUGCAGCACUGUCAAAUAAAUUUGUUGUCGAUAAUAAUGAAAUUAAAAAGAAUUCGCAACCAUCAGGACUUAACGCUGAAUUAAUCGAUGAUGAAAAGAAGACUGAUUCUAAAAGUGCUGCAAGUUUGCCAAUUGCAAUCGUGGUUUUAGUUUGCUUUGGAUCUGCGGGUGUUCUUAUUGCUUUUCUUGUUCUACGCGUACGAUCGAACAGCAAACAACGUACCUCCGGAGAUGAUCAUUCCCAAAUGGAAUGGGAUGAUACAGAAUUAAAUAUAACUGUCAACCCGUUAGAUGAAACAAAGAAAGUCGUACCGUCAUCUUCAAAUGAUAUUGACCAUCAUGCUAAUCGACUCGAUUCAUCGGCAUCCAGUACAGAUGAUGAAUCAAAUGAGUAUGAAUCGGAUGAAGCACCCGAGAAAGUGGUUGAUCGCGAAUUAGAAUGGGAUGAUUCGGCCGUUGAAUAUGGUCCGAAAAAAGUUUAA